UGCGUGCCUGGUUCGUCACGGCUGCUCCCAUAGAGUCAUUGUUACGACUUGGGAACACGUUCGAAAGCCAGUAAAAUAAAUUGUUGUGUGGUUUUAAUGAAAGGGUCAAACCGGUUUAAUGCCACAAUGGACGCAAACAACCGUGUGGGAGCAUGCUAGUGGCAGAGCAACGUAAGAUCAACAAACAUUUUAGAAUUGGAGUAUUGAGUGCAGGAGUGCAAUGAAAUUAUAAUUACGUGCAUAUAACGCAUACGUCCGAAUUGUGAAUUUGUGUUCUUCUGAAAGUUAUGUGGUGAAUACAUAAGUGCGCUUCUUUUAGUUUUGCCAAUUGAAGCGAGAUAUUCGGUCGCCAAUUAUAGAAUACGAGUAUGAUAACCAAAGGCUCCUAUAGUACAAAACAUGGCUUCUAAUGAUUUAAAUUCAAACUCAGCGAAUCAACAACACCGACCAAUCGAUGAAUUAGACUUGGAGUUGCGACAACAUGCGUCCACCAGUCAUUCUUACCCGUCGAAUUUCGUAAACGCAUCCAAUCAUCACCUUUCCAGUGGCAGCUUGGCAGAAAAUAGCGCAUCCUCAGUGGGCACGCAACAGCAUCAAUAUCAUUACAUACAAUAUCCGCCAUAUUACUAUCACAUAGGUGGACAGGCGUAUCGAUCGCAGCAGCAACAGCAACAACAACAGGCACAAUUUUUGCAUGCGCAACAACUGACUGGACUACCGGAAGUCACCUGUCAUUGUCAUUGCUCGUGCGGUGCCCAGCAGCAACAACAACAAUUGUGGAAUCAAAGGCAAUAUCAGCAGCAAAAUAUUUCGGCCUCGACGGCUACGAUUGGCCAGCGGCAAAAUGAGGAGGACUCCAGUAAAAUUGUGGUGCAGGUGCAUUGUCAAUCAAAUGAUGACGCGGAUUGUGAACGCGAUCGCGAACGCAACACGCAGCCACCCACCAAAGCGCAAUCGGAGCAAUCGUUAUUAAAUCACUCAUACCAAACAUUGCAACUGCAAUCGGGUACGGAGGAGAAACCCUUGAAUGUGCUGCAUAACUCCCAGUUAAAUAUCAGCUGUGAUUGUGAUUUAGAAUGUACUUGUGGCGCGGAAAGACUGCGGGGGACCGCCGGCGAAGCUGCCGCUGUGCAUACUAAAACGGCUGCGAGCGAUGACAAUUUGGACACAGAUGUUUUAGAUAAUCCCUCGCCAUUGAAAAAUCACAAGCAAUGCCAGUUGGAAGCCAUGCUAGGUGCUGAUGAAAUCACAGUCAGUGAGUCGGACAACAAUAGUACCAUGAUUAAGAAGAAGAAGAAGACGGGUGGUGCUUGCAAGCACGCCAGCAACGAGAUGAACUCUUGGUGCCAUAUGCAAGACCAGAAUUCAGCACUGGCGACUGAUAAAAGCUGUGAUUGCCAUUAUAAUUCUAGCCAUAUAGAAAUCUACAGCGAUGGUGAUAGCAAAGUGGGCCAUGACUCUAUUGAUGAUCAGCGGCCACCGCUGCCUCCGCGUCCGCCACCUCCUCCUCGAUUGCGUAAUGCAACAAUAACGGGAAAUGGCCCUCAUCGUCAUGGUCCGGGUAUAAAGAAAUACGUUGUAUGGUGCCUCAUCUGCGGUGGCUUUUCGUGCCUUCUAGGCAUUUUAUUUCUAGGUGUUUACUUCCUAUUGCACUCGUACACCAUUACCGUUGGAAAUUUCGAAACGGUACCCACUUUUGUGCCAGCAACAAUGUUGAUCUUAACUGGAGUCUGCAUAAUAUGCUUGGCGCGCCGGCGGAAUCGAUACAGUUAUUUGAUUAAACUUUCCGGUGUUUGUGGACUAAUAUCUGCGUUGACAUGUGCGCUUGUGACCGUCACAACAACCGUCCUGCACAUGAGCCGUUUGCAGGCUCUGCGUGAGUGCGAAUAUGCACAAAAGACACGAACUUGCACUUGUUAUUCCGAUAUGAUCGAGUCCCAAGUGGAUCGUGUGGACAAAGAAGGUGUUCGCCUAGUGUUUGAUUCACUGUCUGAUUGUGGAGUAGUACAUGGCUCCCUCUAUUCUUGCUUACGCGCUAUAUUUGGGCUUUCUGUAGCAGGCGUCUUGGUUGCCGUGUUUAGUUGUAUGCUCGUCUAUCAGCUACUCAGUCACGAGCGGAAAAAGAUGUAUUGGGAGCAAUUGGAGUUGCGUUGCCGCUCGCUAUAUACCAGCCAACAAGGUCCACCGCCAAAUAUGGCCGCUAUGGGCGGUGGUCGCGGACCGGUUUGUCGCUGUUGUGAACAAUGUCAUCUGCAUCGGCAAGUACCGCUACCAGCAACAGCAUAUCCUUGGGAUGAUAACGGCGAACCACGGUUCUGGACGGGACAACCGCCAGGCAAUUUUUACUCACCAAAUCCGGGUGGCGAUGAUUUGCAUAUGGGCAAUUCAGGCACAACAUGCCGGGGUCAUGGCGGUGCCACUGGCGCACGUAGUCGCACGACUGGUUGGAGUUGGCCACGUAUGCCUUGGCAAAGAAAUUCUCCAGUGCCCAAUGCAAGGCAGUUUCGUCAAACACCGUCAAGCCCAGAUUCACAGUAUGGUUUCACAAAUAAUGCACCCGUGGUCACGGAUAAUAUGAUGACUGAAUCCGAUGCUGCACAAGGCGUGGCGCAUAAUACAACGGCGCCGGCCUUUAAUGUUGUUGGUGGGGCAUUGCCUUACGGUGUUUGGGGUCCACCACCCCCGUACAGUGAUCCUAAUAGUCCCGCACGUCGUGGUUACUAUCAAUACAUACAACCGAAUCCGUGUGGCAAUAAUAUAACUAUUGCCAACAAUAUCAAUCACAGUAAUAGCAAUAUGUCCGCUGAAAAUAUCGUUGGUGAGUCUACUGAACAGCGCAUGCCUUGCCUAAAUCAUCGUUCAGUUUUCUUGGAACAACAACCACAUCAAGUUAACAAUGUCAACAAUUGCUGUCCAUCCGCCAGUAUGCGUCGUAAUUUGGCAAAACGUCGUACAACCGGCGGUGCCGGUGGCGGUAGUGGCAGCGGUGGUGAAGAUAAUAUGAAGUCAAAGUCAGGUGGUGGUGAAUAUGAGAAUACCCCUUCAGAAAGUGACGGAUGCAACAUGCGAGAUCGCUUUUCCAAUACUUUGCCCACACGAAAGGUCAAAAAACGAAAUGACAAUAAUGCCAAAGCCAACAUCAUUGGUAAUGCAAAUCCUCAGCCAGCUCCACGACUUGCCUUGCAACAGGCCAACUCUAAUAACGACACAAGCUGUGCUAACGAGGUGUCAGAGUCAACUCUUGGCGAUAAUGAAUGCAUGGAGGAGAUCAAUGCCAGUUUGUGUAAUGAAGAGAUCAAUAUGACUACGCCAGGUGGUCGUACAUCCACACGUGUCAGCACCAGAGCAACUCUGCGUCGUAAUUGUGGAAUUGAAAACAAUGGUUUCCAAUCGAAUAGUGAGGUAGGCGCUGUAACCCAACCCAUGGCCGCUGGAGAGUCUGAUGCACUUGUGAUAGCUGCAGAUAUGCAUGCUACCGGUGAUCCCGCCGAGUCAGAAGUGUACUUUGCCGACGUUAGCAGUUGUUGCAAUAUGUCGCUAAAAAACGAUAACUACUAUGAUGAGGCGCACCAGACUACCCAUCACCAUCAGCAUCAGAACAGCAAUUGUAGUCAAAAUAGUAGUAGUACCAAUGAGGAUUAUCUGGCACAACGUUUUGGUCAACGCGAAAAUUCGAUACGGAGUCGUCUUCCAUUUCCACAGACGCGUAGCAAUGACUACGAGGAAAACUUGAAUACACACAAUACAAAAGACAUUAGCGGCAAUGUUACACCAGUUAACCAAAUGCAAAAAGAAAUUUCACGCCAAAGCAUGUGUUCCGUUGAGUCCGAAGCUCAGACUGAAUGCACCGACUUAUCGCCGGCCACACCGUGUAGCAAUAAGUUUGGUCAAACUAAUUUUGAAGGCGGUAAAAUCAAACCCAAUAAUGAUGGUAGUGAAAAUGCGCUGCAACCACGCACAACUGGUGUACCGUUGCCCAACUUCGUAGCGAAGUUUCCUUACUCUUCGGAAUCACAAAGUUUGGAAGCACAUCGACGCUCUACAAAAGACAUACACGAUCUGAUACUCUCAUCGGAGGCACACUACGAAGUGAUUAAUGACAAUCCGCAACCGACGCUGCCUUGUCAAUUCACCGCACAACAGCAAAAUACGCGUAUUAACAAACCGCAGGCACAGCGUCCCACAAAUCUUUCGGCUAGCAAAACAAAAACGAAACAUGGCAUCAAAACACGCGACCGCAUAGAAGUAAAUGUGCACCCAAAUGAACGAGACUGGAGCAAGGGGCCAGGUUUAGGUGGCGGUGGUUGUGGCAAUAACGAACGGAAAUGCUUGUGAGAAGAAGUUUUCGUAUAAAACGAGGUUUAGCAAAGUAUGUGUAUAAUAAGAUUAUAUCUGAAAGCUGAAAAUGUUUCUUGAAUUUUGUGAGAACAAAAGGUGCAUGUAAUUGCUAUUAUAUAUACUUCAGAGAAUGAUAUAGAAUAUACAUAUGUAAACAUAACAUUUUUGAAACUCAUCUGCUCUACAGCUUUAAAAUUAUCCAUUAUUUACUGUAUGAAGAGAUGAUGUGAGAUAAAAGCUGAAAUCUAUUAAAAGCGCGGGGUUUCUUUGCUUAAACAUAAGAAUUGUGAAUAUUUAAAAUAAUUGCCAAGAAAAUAUAUUUAAUUUUUUGAUUAGGAAAUGUUCGAUUUUAGGUCAUAAAAGGCAAUUUUUCGCAUAAAUGUUUAGUGUGCAUGUCAGAAAUUCAAACCACACUUACAAGGUGCAUAAGAAGUUGUAAGUUAAAAAGUUGUUCAGUUAUUCCUUUCGUAAGCUAAAAAUGGAAAACUUAAAGUUCUCUCGGCCAAAAUUAUGCCAUUGUGUUGAGUUUUUUCUUGUUAUGUACAUACUUAUCUACUGAUUUUUUUUUUAACUGGUGAAUUCAUACCCGGAACAACGAAUGAAAAAAUCGAAAAUUCCAUUGGACUUAAUAAAUUGAUUUUAUAGGUCAGUAAAAACGUAUUUUAAUAAAGGAUCACUGAUGAUUUUCUAGAAUACACAUCAUUCAGAUUUUCUCAUUCCAUUGAAAUAUAUAUUUAAAUAUUUGAAAAGCUAUUUCAAUUGAUUUUUUAGAACACGAGCACUUCCAAGUAGAGCAUUAUUUUGUUAACUCUCCCGUUCGUUAUUGGCGUCCAUUACACGAUCACUUCAGCCGUCCAUCAGCUCCCAACGUUUCAGUGCUAAACUUGCCAUAUAAAGAUAACUGUUUAAUGGUCUCAAAUGCUCAUAAACGUAUUAAUAUUUGUAAAGUAUAUACAUACCAUAUGCUAUACAUAAUAAUUAUAUACUCGUACCAGCCACAAAACAUACUAAUAUUUAUUUAAUUUUUGAUUUUCGAAAAAUCUAUACUCGCAUAUAUACAUUAAUACACAUAUCGUCACAUAAGAUGCAAAACAAAGUCUCAUCAAAAAAUUCGAAAUUUAGUUUUUUAUUGCUUACGAUUCAACUUUUAAGCUUCCGCUGCCCAAUAUACCCAAUAUAUAACCAUUUUGUAACCAAAAUACACAUUUUGUUUGGUUUGGUUUCUAUUAUAUCGUUUUUCC